GAAGCCAAAAUGGCGACACCACAGUGAUGAAGAAGAAGCAGCAGCAGAAAUAUUAUUCACGAAUUUAUUGUUUUUCUUAGGUGGCAAUUAAUAUUGCAAACUAUUAACUUGGCGCCGCGUACCUGCUCGCUGUCACAGCCGUUUAAUCGAAAAUCGCGAACGCUAAACGUGCCGUUACUGUGCUGCACAGAGAGCGCAGAAAAAUAGGAGCGGUGCGGAAAAACAAGGAGGAGCUAGCUGAGAGGCAGCAACAAAGAAGCCCAGACACACGCACGCUCACUCACAAGCCCCAACACAGAUACAGAUACAGACCCGGAGAGAGGCUGCAGCUGCGGGCGCUCGUAUAAGAGAAGAACCGAUCUCAUACCGCGGAAUAACGAUCCGAGAGACAACGACUACGGCCAAUCGAAAACGGACGCCAAAUGACGGAAUACAAACUGGUUGUGGUUGGUGCCGGCGGUGUGGGCAAAUCGGCACUAACCAUCCAGCUAAUUCAGAACCAUUUCGUGGACGAGUACGACCCCACCAUCGAGGAUUCAUAUCGCAAGCAAGUGGUUAUAGAUGGAGAGACAUGUCUGCUGGAUAUCCUGGACACCGCUGGCCAAGAAGAGUACUCGGCUAUGCGGGAUCAGUACAUGCGCACCGGUGAGGGCUUCCUACUCGUAUUCGCCGUGAACAGUGCCAAGUCCUUUGAGGACAUUGGUACCUAUCGCGAGCAGAUAAAGAGGGUUAAGGAUGCUGAGGAGGUGCCCAUGGUGCUGGUGGGCAACAAAUGUGAUCUGGCCUCUUGGAACGUAAACAACGAACAGGCAAGAGAGGUGGCCAAACAAUAUGGCAUUCCAUAUAUUGAGACAUCAGCGAAGACGCGCAUGGGCGUGGACGACGCAUUUUACACAUUGGUGCGCGAAAUCCGCAAGGAUAAGGACAACAAGGGUCGGAGGGGCCGGAAAAUGAACAAGCCGAAUCGUAGAUUUAAAUGUAAAAUGCUCUAAACAGGCGCGCGUUGGUUUUUAUUCACUUUUUAUUUCUUCAAAUGUCGCCGGUUUGUCUGUAUGUGUGACGGUGGAGUGACGGAUCCAAGGAUCGCGUCGUCAUAUAGUUUACCCACUAUUGGACACUCUUGUCCAAGAACACAUGGAUGGCGAGGCACACACACAACACACACACAUGUGGACGCGCGUUAGUUGGUGCAAUUGUCAGAUAAAAAGAAGGAAAUUGUAAUUAAUUUAAGUAACUAGAGUUUUAUGUACGUCAAAAUGAUUUUGUGAAGUGUGUUUUGUGUCGUUUGGAAGGCUGCGUGGCGCCCUUUUAAGAGUAUUAACAAUAGCAAACAAAAAACAAAAACAAAAAAAAGAACGAAGAAGGAAAAGUUGAAAGAGAUAUGUACCUCUACAUAUGAACUAUGUAUGAAUACUGUUGUAACUGCCUUGAUUCAGCUGCUAUAACCAUUUGUUUUCAACCGGCACAACUCGAUUCAAUGAUGAUUGUAUAUUAAAGGAUAAUUUAAUCUAUGCUUAACCCCGAUAUACGAUGAAAAUGUAAAACCAAUGUAAAACUCGUUUUGUGAAUUUCUAGGCAUCUAUCAUCGAAUGGUUUUAGCGCGUUUUAUGUUCCCCAUCAUUCAAAUUAUUUCCCCUAUACCCCCGCACAGACACGAGCAUAAUUAGUAUUCACCCUUAAAAGAAAAACAAAGCCGAUAAGCAUUCAAAAUUGUCGCACAAAAUCGCAAACUUUGUUUGCCCAGUUUAGAUUUAUGUAUAUUCGGCUAGACACAAUUACGGGGUGCUAUAAAAAGUUUAAUUCGCAUGAUUUUUCGAGUCAUGCUUAUCUUUCUACUCAUCAUUACUGACAGAUCAAUCAGAAAGAAACCAGCAGCCAAUUAAAUUUACAUUAUAGUUUGCUUUAAGCUUUUUAUACAUACAUACAUUUAAUAUUUAAUUUUUUGUAUUAAUUUUUUGCCAUACAAAAAGGAAUGAAAUAAAUCGAUUGUGUGUACUAUUUAA